AGAGACCUGAGAGGCACCAGGCCCAGCCACGGCACCACACACCUCCCAGCUCUGCAGACGAGAUGCAGCGACUAUGUGUGUAUGUGCUGAUCUUUGCACUGGCUCUGGCCGCCUUCUCUGAAGCUUCUUGGAAGCCCCGCUCCCAGCAGCCAGAUGCACCCUUAGGUACAGGGGCCAACAGGGACCUGGAGCUACCCUGGCUGGAGCAGCAGGGCCCAGCCUCUCAUCAUCGAAGGCAGCUGGGACCCCAGGGUCCCCCACACCUCGUGGCAGACCCGUCCAAGAAGCAGGGACCAUGGCUGGAGGAAGAAGAAGAAGCCUAUGGAUGGAUGGACUUCGGCCGCCGCAGUGCUGAGGAUGAGAACUAACAAUCCUAGAACCAAGCUUCAGAGCCCAGCCACCUCCCACCCCACUCCAGCCCUGUCCCCUGAAAAACUGAUCAAAAAUAAACUAGUUUCCAGUGGA